AUGGCCCAGACGGACGACGAGAAGACUGUGCUGUUCUUCAAGCUGCUGACCGGGCGCAGGCCAGAGGAUGGCUCUCGCUUCUGCCUCGGCUAUCAUGCCAUGACUGGUGGUGCGAUGCAGCAGACGAUGAAUCUUCAGAUCCAGAUGCUUCACAUGUGGCUGGAGAAAGCGUUCAAGGUCAAAUCUCCAGAUCGGCUGCGAAACUUGGUGGCUCUGCUGCUGGGCAAGUCAUCGCUUCCGGUCCCGGCGCUGGACUUAGUGGCGUUGCCGGCGGACUUCACCACGGAGCAGACGGCCUUCGACAUCAAGGACCAGUUCACGGACGCGGUGCGCUUCGAUGUGCAGGUUCUGCGCGUGCUUUGCACGAAGUGGAGCCAGGAGGGUGCAGGAGGAAAUCCCAAUGAGAACCGUUUGGCGAAGGAGGCUGUGGAACGCAAGCAACUGUGCUCGGGCAAGCUGAGCACAUACUUGCGCAUGGGCUUGGGAAAGCAUCUCGGAUGCAGGACAUUGAUGACUGCCAUGCAGGCCGCGGCAGGCCAGAGCAUUUCCCCUCAGCUCGCAUUGGAGCAGUGCGCCAGACUGGCGAGUUCCUUUCUGGCACGUGAGUUGAAGGCUGUGACCUCCGCUGACGACUUCGCCAAGUUCUUCUCCGUCACGGAUCACGUGGAUGCAUGUGUCAAUGCGAAGAGUUGCGAGCUUCAGGUGGGUGUUCUUCCGCAGCUCCCCGAUGUGGAUGCAAAUGAGGGUGUGCGAACACUCCGCGAGAACGUGGCGCUGAUGCAGCAGUUGAUGGACACGCGUGGGUCUGCGUUCCUCAUGAAGGUGCGUGAUGUGCUGGCCGCUGAGGGUGCAACGCUUCCGGCAGAGAUGAAUGAGAAGAUGCUAAAGGGUUUCGUUCGUGUGGCAGCGCACGGCUUGCAAAAGCUGCCAAAUGCCAAGCUCUUGUCCAACCUGUCCACUGGUCUGGAGGAGUGCGUUGACCUCAGAUUCACGUUCUUGUCAGCGGGCACCAAAGAGGAGGUGACGCUGCCGAACGGCCUUGAGCAACUUGUGAUCUUGCUGAAGACACAUUUUGUGCAGCGGAAGCAGGACUUGCCCGACUCUUGGUGCCGCGCACUCCUGAGCGAGGGUCGCGUCUCAGAGCUGAUUGAGUUGGAUUCUUCGGCCAAAACAGCGCUUGGCCCAGUUGUUGACCGACACCUGCGCGCCGCGCGGGUCGUCCACUUCGCCGGGCUGCCCUCGGAUAAGACGAACAGCGUGGCUGCCUUCAUGGACUUGCAGGCGGCCAAGCAGAGUAGCUUGUCUCUGCCGGGAUUGGACGAGGCCUACGAGCGCUUGGCAGCCAAGUUGGACAAGACCAUGGAUCGCGUGAUGGAGGGGUGGAAGGAGAAUCGCGCUCGGAGGUCCCAGCUCUGGGCGACUUUGCGUGAGCUUCUUGCAGAGACAGAUUCGAAGAAGGUUCUCACCUUGGUGAAUGGGCUCAUCUCGGAGGAGAUCUCAACUGCCACUGACGGCAUGGAUGACUGGUUUGCGCUCUCAGACAUGGCGUCGGCUAUUAUUGUGUGGGAGGCGGAUUUGCGCAAGCUUGGCGACGUGCCCAAGUUGAAAAAGUUGGAAGACGAGUUCCACCACGGCUUGCCGUCUGCCCUUGGCUUCGCACAGGGAGUCAUGGCCAGCAUGUGUCACCAAAUGUUGCAUCGCGAUUUCACGUCCGGCAGCGAAGAGCAGAAGGCGGAGGCAAAGUCUCAGGCCAUUGCAGAUGCGGGCGAGAUGGAGAAGUUUAUCAAGAAGCACGUGAAGUUGUCCAAGAAGGCGGACUACCCGCCACACUUCGGGCAAGUCGACAAGUUGAUCAAAGAGUUCAAGGGUGGCAAAGCCACGAAGUA